CCAGUGUGUACUCAUGCUGCAGGUCGUGCUGUGGCAGCCUCGCGGCGGGGCGCCCGAUCGAGGUCGUCGCCAGCCGAAUGACAGCGCCCUCACCGCAGCCGCGGAUAUGGAGGCAUCACGGGUAACCUUCCUGCUGCUGUGCGUUGUGUCGGCCGCCCUACUGACCGGCGCCGUCUUCUUCGCGCUGCGCCAGGAUGCCUCCAAGCCGCUGACUCAGCCGCACAUCGUGUUCAUCCUCGCGGACGACCUGGGCUGGAACGACGUGAGCUACCAUGGUUGCCCGCAGAUCCGCACGCCAAACAUCGACGCCCUCGCCUGGAACGGCAUCCGUCUGCGCCGCUACUAUGCGCAGCCUCUGUGCACGCCGUCGAGGGCAGCGCUGCUCACCGGCCGCUACCCCAUCAACACGGGGCUCCAGCAUUCAGUCAUCUACAACGAGGAACCGAGGGGGCUUCCACUUUCGGAUACAUUGUUGCCCCAGUGGUUGGCAGACCUCGGAUAUGUUACCCAUCACCUGGGAAAGUGGCACAUCGGUUUCUUCAAGAAAGAGUACACUCCGACAAUGCGAGGUUUCGAACGACACGUGGGCUUCUGGGGAGCCUACGUCGAUUACUACAAGCACGAGAAGGCUUAUCUCGGGCCAACCCGGUCGCCAGGAUUGGACAUGAGAAGAAAUUUAUUCUUAGCCAGAAAUGACACUGGAAGAUACGUCACCGAGCUCUUGACUAAGGAAGCCUUGGAAGUUAUCGAAAAUCAUCCAGUAGACAAGCCUUUGUUUUUAUACCUGGCACACCUAGCUCCCCACUCGGGCGGCCCCCAAGAUCCCUUGCAAGUGCCUGAAAAGUACAUCGAGCAAUACCGAGACAUCGGCUCUACGGAACGGAUGAAGUACGCCGGAGGAGAUCCGGCGCAUUUAAGCGACAUCGACGGAGUGAGCCACGUGAACGCGCUCGUCGGCGACGCGAGUCCGCUGCCACCGUCGUCUCCGCGCACGGAACUCGUGGUGAACAUUGACCCCAUCGACAACUACUCGGCCAUCAUCGACGGUCGCUUCAAGCUCGUGACGGGCGUCGCAGAGGGAGGCGUGUACGAGCAAUGGUACCCGAUAGUGGGCAACGUCGAUUGGAACUCGACCAAGCCCCUGGAACAAUGCGAGACGUCACCCGUAGCUCGAGUGCUCAUGAGCUUGGGCUCGGAACCGGCGUGUGGCCCGCCGGGCGGCGCCGCUCCCAUUGACUGCGGCCUUCGGGACCCCGCAAAGGCGUGUCAACCCACCGCGGCGCCCUGCCUGUUCGACCUGCACGAGGACCCGUGCGAGUACAACGACGUCGCCGCCGAGCGACCCGAGUUGGUGAAGAGCCUCCUCGAGAAGCUGAGACGUUAUGAGGAUGCCUCCAUGCCUCCCACCAACGUUCCACAUGAUCCCCUGUCAGACCCAGGACUUUACGACAACGCUUGGAUCCCCUGGCGAGAGGAGCUACCGUGAUAUUUAUCGAGAGGAGCGCAAGUGCUU